AUGUCCAAGCGUCGGCAGGAGCAGGUAAACUACAGGGACCGCGCCGACAAAAAGUUGCGGUCUGUGCAGAGGCAGAAGCACCUCUAUCUGGCGCUAGAUGACUGGACCAAGGGCUUUGCUAUCUACAAGAUUGACAUCGACACCUUGGACAGCAGCUCCGACCUGGACUUGGAGCCCCCGGUUCUCCGACUAGUGUCAGCUUCACCUAGUUAUCCCAUGUACUUCGCUGCCCUGGGCAGCAAUAUCUUCAUGGCGAGCAGCAAACACCCUGGCACCAUGGUCUACAACACAGAGACAGCCGGAUUGGCGAUCGGCCCUCCUCUCCCUGAUGGACUGCUCGGAGGCAUUAAAAUCUUUGUGGCUACUGCCAACAUGCAGCUGUAUGUGUUGAAGUAUAGCUUCAAGGAAAUGCGACAGUCAUUUGAGGUGAUGUCCGCUGUGGGCAUCAAGGAUCCACAUUCUUCAAAUCCAAGCACGGACUGGUGCUGGACAAGCGUGCCCUCACCACUGCCAUUCAGCAAGGAUGGCAUCAUCAACUCCGACGCCAUGCACCCGGAUGGACACACCAUCUUCAUGUCUGCGAGCAGCAGGCGCUAUCUGCAUCGCACCUUCUCCUUUGACACCAGGUGCCAAGAGUGGAGGUGUCUUGGGGAAUGGGCAUUGCCUUUCCAAGGACAAGGCUACUUUGACAGUGAGCUGGAUGCAUGGGUUGGCCUUCACAAGGAUGGGUACAUUUGUUCCUGCCAAGUGGCUUCCUGCACCGACGAAGGUACCAUGCAACCUGACUGGAAGAUGGGCAAGGAGAAACUUUUCCUCAAGCACUCGGGUGCCACCCUCACAUACAUGGGGAGCACCAUGUUUUGCCUUGUUGAGAGUUUGGUACGUGAAGAACUGGAGUUAGAUGAUGCCUUUGGUGACUGUAAUGGCUUCAUGCUCUGCAUCACCAUUUUUGGUGUCAAGUACAAUCGUGAGGGAGAGCUGCAAACCACCAUCCGCCGCACCACCAAAUCCUAUCCAGUGUCUAAGCAUGUCUCAUCAUUUUCUCCUGUGGCGUUCUGGUUUUAG